AUGGCAUCCCCCGCAUCUUCUACGACCCCGCAGUCCGAGGGGCAGCUCAAUGGUAGCAAUACCCUCCCCGUGCGCCCCGGUCCUAAGCUCUACGGCAGCAACGACGGCGCCCAUUCCGGCGCUGGAACCCCCAUUGGCUUCCAGCGUCACCCUCACAACAAAAUCCUUGACAAUGUAGCCGGCUCAAGUGUGCGCCAUCCCUCUCCCCAGCCCACCCAUCUGGGUAUCCCCGGCGGUGGCCUGCACCGGGUUCUCUCCGAGGAAGACCCGGGCUACGUUGCCGCCAAGUUCGAAGGGAAGGAAAAGCAGAUGGAACAAGUCAUGGAUCAGCUGGAGACCCGGGGUUUUAUCCCCGCUGAAUUUGUCGUCGGCGAGACCGAAUGGUUCUACAACAAGCUGGGAAUCGACGACACGUAUUUCCAAACCGAGUCGGUCGAUGCCAUUGUCACUCAGAUCCUCUCCCUCUACGCCGCUAAGGUUGCCGCUUACGCCCGUGACGACAAGAAGCUGGAAAUUCGCCUGGACAAGGAAGCCGAGGACCACGCCGUCUACAUUGACACCAGCAAGCCCGGCGUGUCGUCCGUCGAAGGCCCGCGUUAUGAGCAGAGAAUCGACAAGAAGUAUGUCAACGGCUCGACUCCGGAUAACAGCUACCGAGUCGAGACUUUCCGCUCGCCCACGUCCAUGCCCGGCGAUGAUGGUCAGCAGCUUCGCUGCUACUUCGUGUACAAGUGCCAGUUCGCAAACCCUAACCCAGGCCCCAACGAGACCAACAUCGAUAUCAUCGGCGAGAAGCGAUUCUUGCAGAAGGCGACGGCCAAUACCAAGGCCCUCUACCAGGAGAUCAUCAGCAACGCCGUUGCCCGGUCCGGUCCCGUCAUCGAGAUGUUUGAGAUUGAGAAGAGCCGCGAGAAGCGCCUGGUUAUUGCCUACCGCCAGGGAUCUGCCAUGGGCCUGUUCAGUGCGCUCUCCGACUUGUACCACUACUACCGUUUGACCAGCUCGCGGAAGUACCUGGAGAACUUCUCCAACGGUAUCACGGUCAUCUCUCUGUAUCUGCGCCCGUUGAAGGAUGCUGAGAUCGCCGCCAAAUACCCUCCCAUCGAGGCAGCCAUCCACCAGAUCAUCAAGGAGGUCUCUCUCCUCUACUGUAUCCCCCAGAACCGCUUCCAGCACCACUUCGCCGUCGGUCGUCUCAGCUUGCAGGAGACGAUCUAUGCGCACUGUGCGUGGGUAUUCGUGCAACAGUUCCUGAACCGACUGGGCUCGGAGUACACCUCUUUGACCGACCUCCUCGACUCGAGCAACAGCGUUCACGCAGAGCUUUUGGCCAAGAUCAAGAAGCGACUGCGUACCGAAACCUUCACCUCCGACUACAUUUCGGAGAUCGUUAACAAGUACCCCGAGCUCAUCCACAAGCUCUAUCUGGACUUCGCCAACACGCAUUACGUGCAGACGCGUGGUCCCGCCGAGGAUGACUUCCUCCCCACUCUGAGUUAUCUUCGCCUCCAGGUCGACGAGGUGUUGGACGGGCCCCGGCUCAAGCAACUCAUCUCGAGUUCCGUUGCUAACGAGCACGACGAGAUGGUUAUGAGUGCCUUCCGCGUGUUUAACAGCUCCAUUCUGAAGACCAACUUCUUCACCCCGACCAAGGUGGCCCUCAGCUUCCGGCUGAACCCCGACUUCCUGCCGGAACACGAAUACCCCCAGCGACUCUACGGUAUGUUUUUGGUCAUCAGCUCGGAGUUCCGCGGGUUCCAUCUGCGUUUCCGCGACAUCGCUCGUGGCGGCAUCCGUAUGGUCAAGAGCAGGAACAACGAAGCAUACAGCAUCAACGCCCGCUCGCUAUUUGACGAAAAUUACAACUUGGCCAACACCCAACAGCGCAAGAACAAGGAUAUCCCCGAAGGCGGUGCCAAGGGUGUGAUCCUCCUCGACGUGAACCAUCAGGACAAGGGCCGCGUCGCUUUCGAGAAAUACAUUGACAGCAUCCUGGACCUUCUGCUUCCCCCGGUGAGUCCCGGUAUCAAGGAUCCGAUCGUUGACCUGCACGGCAAGGAUGAGAUCCUCUUCAUGGGACCGGACGAGAACACGGCCGAACUGGUCAACUGGGCCACCGAGCACGCUAGGAACCGAGGUGCCCCGUGGUGGAAGUCAUUCUUCACGGGCAAGAGCCCCAAACUGGGUGGCAUCCCCCACGAUACCUACGGCAUGACGACCCUGUCCGUUCGCCAGUAUGUUCUCGGUAUCUAUCGCAAGCUGAACAUCGACCCCUCCACCGUCCGCAAACUGCAAACCGGUGGCCCCGACGGAGAUCUAGGCUCGAAUGAGAUCCUUCUCUCCAACGAGAAGUACACUGCCAUCGUGGAUGGAUCGGGUGUCAUUGUUGACCCCCAGGGCCUGAACCACGAGGAGCUCGUGCGACUGGCCAAGAAGCGAGUGACCAUCUCGGAAUUCGACGUCUCGAAGCUUUCUGGAGAAGGUUAUCGCGUGCUGGUUGACGAGAGCAACGUGAAGCUGCCGAGUGGCGAGCUGGUCCACAAUGGAAUGAUAUUCCGCAACACCUUCCACCUGCGCCCGGAUCAACCGUACGACAUCUUCGUGCCUUGCGGAGGCCGCCCCGAGUCUAUCGAUCUUUCCACCGUCGGACGACUGAUCCGGGACGGCAAGUCGAUCGUCCCGUACAUCGUGGAGGGUGCCAAUCUGUUCAUCACCCAAGACAGCAAGCUUCGACUCGAGCGAGCCGGCUGCAUCUUGUUCAAGGACGCCUCCGCCAAUAAGGGUGGUGUGACGUCAUCAUCCCUCGAGGUUCUGGCGUCUCUCUCGUUUGAUGACAAGGGAUUCGUGGAGAACAUGUGCAUCGGUGAAGAUGGCAGCGUGCCGGCGUUCUACAGUGAUUACGUGCGACAGGUGCAGGAGGUCAUUAAGCAGAACGCUACGCUUGAAUUCGAGGCCAUCUGGCGCGAACACGUGGAGACCGGUCUCCUGCGCAGCGUGCUGAGUGACCGUCUCAGCGUGGCCAUUACCAAGCUCGACGAAGAGCUGCAGGAGACUGAACUGUGGGACAACGUCGACCUUCGCCGCUCCGUCCUGGGUGACGCCCUGCCGAAGCUGCUCCUGGACAAGAUUGGUCUGGAAACCAUUCUUGAGCGAGUUCCCGAGAGUUACUUGCGUGCCAUCUUUGGCAGCUACCUGGCCAGCCGCUUUGUCUACGAGUACGGCAGCAGCCCGUCUCAAUUCUCCUUCUUCGAUUUUAUGACCAAACGUCUUGCUCAGGCCAAGGCAUAA